AUGUCCACCGAUGUGGACUCGACGUCCAUAUUUCAGUUGAACAGCGGUUACAGUAAUCCCCUUUCGGAAUCUGACGAUGUCAACAACCGAUUACUCUUCCGUCGCGGCAGAGGUGUAAGAAAACGAGCAGCAUCAUCGAAACAAACCUUAAAUGGAUUAAUGGACGAAUCCGAAAUAAGAAAACAAGGCGAGGAUUCGUGUUCGCCAAACGAGAAUUUGAUUCAAGGUAAAAGUCCUUCAGAAGGCAUAUCGAACACCCACGAAUUGCAUAAUCUGCCGCACGCCAUAGAUCCGAAUGUAGACGUUUCCUGUUCCAAACAAGGUCGAACAAUAUCUGUUCACGAAACGUAUCAGCUCGGUUAUUUUGAUCCCACUUCUGACACUGAUUUACUCGAGCGUCUUUACGUUUUCGACUUUGUUGAUGGUUUGGAAGUUACCUAUCCAAUUAGCGUAACUUCUUCUGAUACGCUACCCGCAGACUUACCCCCACUGUUUUUGGAACCGGAAUACGUCGAUCAGCUCUCAACAUUAGCCUCUAAUGCAUUGAAUCAGUUAACAACCGUGUUGGCAAACUGGCUCAUUGCUCGUCAAAGAUCCCAAGAAGAACGUCUUAUGUGGCACCACAUGUCUGCCCACGAAGAGGCUGUUUUACUUCGUAAGCAAGUUGUUCAACUGAUAGACCAACUUGUCCCCACUAGUCAUUUGGAAAGCACUUUGGAUUUUCAUUCCCCGUUAACUGACAAGUUUUUGACUCAGCUUAUUUCGGUGCUUACAAGAGAUACAAUGGAGAAGGUGUCUACUAACAAUGCUUCAGAAGGUGCCAUCCCCAUAGUAUCAUUAUGCCCAGAUCCUACUCAUUGCUUGAAUGCAUUGCGAACCCAGAUUUAUCAACUAUUGCGGAUUCUAGUGCCCCAUCUUCGCUUACCACAAUCAUUCCAUUUAGAGCGCGAUCUUCACUCUCUUUUAUCCAUUUUGCGUGAGUGCAAUGCUCGAUCCUCUUAA